AUGGGAAAUCAAAGUGUCUGGUGGAAAUUCCAUACUUCAAAGUUCCAACGAUAUCGUUUGGCCAUUUGCUUCUACUCGUUUAUCAUCUUCCCUAUUGAACGAUUAGCUGUUGCUGUACAACAUAAAGAACCUGUUCUACUUGUUGGUGAAACAGGAACUGGUAAAACUUCUACAGUCCAACGACUUGCCUAUCUCACAGGUCAUCGUUUAAGAGUAAUCAAUUUAAAUCAACAAUCGGAUAGUGUUGAUCUAAUGGGAGGAUUUAAACCUGUAGACUUUCAAGUUUUUGUACGACCAUUACGGGAGAAAUUUGAAUCACUUUUUACGUGUACAUUUCAAUUAGACAAUAAUUUAGUUUUUCUUGGUCACAUAAAUACUUGUUUUCAAUCUGGACGUUGGCUUGAUUUAAUCACUUUGAUGCGUCAUCCAGCUCGUGUAGCUGUUCAACGUGAUUCGUCAGUUGAUACUUCAGAAUGGAUUAAAUUUUUAGAUGAUCUAACUAUCCUGGAGAAACGUUUAGAAAAUAUCACAAAAUCAAAUAAACCUGGAUUAGGAUUUGCUUUUAUUGAAGGUGCUCUUGUUCGUGCAGUGCAAGACGGUGAUUGGAUACUGUUGGAUGAAAUUAAUUUAGCUCCAGCUGAGAUGCUUGAUUCACUAAGUGGUCUGUUAGAUUCUGAAUAUGGUAGUCUUAUCUUGACAGAACGUGGCGACAGUGAACCAAUAAAACGUCAUUCGGACUUUCAUUUAUUUGCUGCUAUGAAUCCAGCUACAGAUGUUGGUAAACGUGAAUUACCUGUUGGACUUCGUAAUCGGUUUACUGAAUUUUACAUUCCUGAAUUGGAUCCUUGUAUUGAUGUUAAUAAGUCAGAGGCAUCGAUUGAUUCUGAUUCUAGUCGUCAUAUUGAAAUUAUACGCUCAAAUAAUUGUGAAGAUUUGGCCACUUUAGCUCGUUCCUAUUUAGUUGCAUUGAAUCCAACUCCAUCACAGUUAUCGACAAUUGUACGACUUUAUUCAGCUUUGAGACAAGCUGCUGUUGAGGGCUUAGUGGAUGGUGUAGGUCAAAGACCACAUUUCAGUCUUCGAACAUUAUGUCGAGCUUUAAUUGAAGCUGGUCGAGGCUAUCAUGGAAGUAUCUUACGUUCCUUGUAUGAAGGUUUACUUUUCAGUUUUGGUUCACAAAUUUGUCGAACAUCACGACCAAUUUUAGAUACUUUAAUUCAACGUUAUUUAUGCUCUGGUUGGAAUAAAGAUUCAUCAUCUUUACUACGUUUAUUAAACACUCCAUUGCCUAUACCUCAAUUAAACAAUUUCCCAGUCAAUAAUAAUAUUGAUGAUUCAGUUGUAACUAAUAAAUGUCCCAAUGAUUAUUUUGUCAAUGUUGAAGGUUAUUGGCUACCGAAAGGCUCACAACAACCAAUUUCAGUAGAUAAUAAAGAUGAAUUACCUGGAAAUUAUAUUCUAACACCAAGUGUUCAAGCAAAUUUAAAGGAUUUGGCACGUGUUGUCUCUGCAGGUGGAGGUCUUCCAGUUCUAUUACAAGGUGAAACGUCGGUUGGCAAAACAUCACUUAUUACAUAUUUAGCUAAACGUGUUGGUCAAGUGUGUUAUCGAAUUAAUAAUCAUGAGCAUACUGAUCAACAAACUUAUUUAGGUACAUAUACAGUUUCUUCAACUGCAUGCACAACAAAAGAUAAAGGCAGUGAUAAUGAUACUUUGAAAAAAACAUCCACAUCAUUAGUUUUCAAAGAUGGUUUAUUAGUGAAAGCUAUGCGUAAUGGUUAUUGGAUAAUAUUGGAUGAAUUAAAUUUGGCACCAACUGAAAUUUUAGAAGCCUUGAAUAGAGUUUUAGAUGAUAAUCGUUCUGUAUUCAUCACUGAAACACAGGAAACGAUUAAAGCACAUCCACAUUUUCGAUUAUUUGCUACACAGAAUCCACCAGGUCUUUAUGCUGGUCGAAAGAUGCUUUCACGUGCUCUACGUAAUCGUUUCAUUGAAUUACAUUUUGAUACAAUACCUCGAAAUGAAUUGGAAAUAAUUUUAGAGAAGAAAUGUUUACUACCUUCAAGCAGAGCACAACGUCUUGUUGAAGUAAUGCAUCGUCUUCAGCUGGCUAGAUGUACUUCAAAUUUGUUUCAAGGCAAAGAUAGUUUCAUUACACUACGUGAUCUAUUCCGAUGGGCUGAGCGUUACCGUUUAGCUACAUGUGAUAAACUUGUAACUGGUCAAAUUGAUAAUAAAAGAAAUGAACAAACGAUAUUUUUCGACUGGGAUGGAUAUUUAGCUGAUCAAGGCUAUUUAUUACUUGCUGGACGUGUACGUAAUCCAGCUGAAAUUCAAAUUGUUACAGAUGUCAUUGAAAGUGUUUUCAAACGAAAAGUCACUGAAUCACGAUUAUUCGACUUGAAUGAGAGUACAUCACCGGUUGUAUAUGAAUUUUUACAACCUGUUUUAAACAAAGAAACAGUUUGUUAUACUGGAUUCGAUCAUAUUGUCUGGACAAAAGAUAUGAGACGUUUAUUAGUUCUAGUUGGUAAUGCAUUAAAAUAUGAAGAACCAGUUCUAUUGGUUGGUGAAACAGGUUGUGGUAAAACUACUAUUUGUCAAUUGAUUGCUGCGUUGCAUAACCAACGUUUGCAUUGUUUAAAUUGUCAUCAAUGCACUGAAGCUUCUGACUUUCUUGGUGAACUACGGCCAGUUCGACAUUCCUCAGAAGGGAAUGAAAAAGAAUCCACAAAUAACUGUCGUUUAUUUGAAUGGGUUAAUGGUCCAUUAGUGACAGCUAUGUUAAAUGGAGAUUUAUUUCUAUUGGAUGAAAUUUCAUUAGCUGAUGAUGCUGUCUUAGAACGUCUGAAUAGUUUACUGGAGCCUGAAAGACAAUUACACUUGGCUGAAUGUUCUGAAGAUUUUCUUAUUGUAAAUAAUAAUAAUGAUGAUAAUAAUAAUAAUUCAUUAACAACAGCAUAUACACAAUUAUUAACAGCACAUCCUAAAUUUCGUUUUAUUGCAACAAUGAAUCCUGGUGGAGAUUAUGGCAAGAAAGAAUUAUCACCGGCAUUACGUAAUCGUUUCACUGAAAUUUGGUGUCCAUCACCAAUAUUUACUUCAGGUUAUAUACAAUCAACAAUUCCAUUAUCUUAUAAUGAAUCCAAUCAAUUAUCAAAUUCAUUAUUAAAUUGUCAACAAAUUGUUAUGCAUAAUUUACAAUUGAAAAUACCAUUGUAUUUUAAAACGGGUAAUGAUAAUUUUGUUAAACAAUUCUCUGAAAAAAUGAUCAAUUUUAUUCACUGGUUUGCUGUUUCACAAAAUGAAUAUAAAUCAAAUGGAAUUGGUUCACUUUGUCAAAGACCAUCGCCAACUAUUCGUGAUUUAAUUGUUUGGAUUGAUUUCAUUCAAACUGUUGUUACAACACAAAAUGUAAUGAAUCUAUCUAGUAGAUUAAAUUUAUUCAGUGCUUGUAUACAUGGUGCAUGUUUAGUAUUUUGGAUGCUAUUGACCAUGUUUUGCCUAACAGAAAUUUUAAUGAUAAAUCACAAACAUUUCGGUCAUAUUCACGAUUGUAUGAUCCAAUUUUGUGAGGAAGGGGGGUCAACACAUUUUCUUAUUUUAUAUGAAGAAUUAUAUCCAUGUUGUAUCGGUUUGUUUUCAUUUGUAGAACAAUUAGACGAUAAGAAUUUCCAACCGACAGCGAUACAUUACUUAAUCGAUCAAUUAUAUUCAAUUGAUAAUGAUAUUUUAUUUAAACAAAUUCAACUAUCAAUUCCAAACUCUAGUAAUGAUAUGUACGCUAGUUUUUCCAGUGAAUUGAAUGAAAAAUUUGUAUUGAAGAAAAACAAUGAAUUAUUUGGUUGUGAACCGUUUUUCAUAUCGACAGGUCCAUUGAUAGAUUCCUUAACAAAUACCAACUUUAUUUUUGACGCUCCCACGCCUGCAUCCAAUUUAAAACGUUUACUUAGAGCUAUGCAGUUACCUGCUAGAGCUCUCCUUCUAGAAGGUAGUCCAGGUGUUGGUAAAACUACUCUUGUCUUAGCUUUAGCUAAGGCAUCUGGUCAUAAAGUGAUACGCAUAAAUUUAUCCGAAGCAACUGAAGUUAGUGACUUAUUCGGAUGUGAUCUACCAGUGGAAGGUGCUGAAGCUGGUGUCUUUGCAUGGAAAUCUGGUCCAUUUUUACAAGGUCUAUGUGAAGGUCACUGGAUUAUAUUAGAUGAAAUGAAUUUAGCAUCUCAAUCUGUAUUAGAAUCAUUAAAUGCAUGUCUAGAUCAUCGUGGUGAAGUGUUCAUACCUGAAUUGAAUAAUACAUUCAAAAUUAAUGCAUAUACAACACGUUUAUUUGCUUGUCAAAAUCCAUUACGUGAAGGUGGUGGUCGUAAAGGAUUACCACGUUCGUUUUUGAAUCGUUUCACUCAAGUCUAUAUGAAGCCAUUGAGUAAGUCAGAUCAAGAAUUUAUUCUCAUUCAAUUAUAUCCUGAUAUACCUGAGAACUAUAUUCAUUUAAUGGUCACUUUUAAUGACAUGGUAAAUGAACAAAUCAAUAUUAAACAUGAAUUUGGUAAUCAAGGUGGACCAUGGGAGUUUAAUUUACGUGAUUUAACUCGUUGGUGUGAUCUUUUAGUGAAAGGAAAAGAUUUUGAAGGUUUCAAUCCUGGUUUAUAUGUUCAUCUAUUGUAUACAAAUCGUAUGCGAACGGUGCAAGAUAAACAAAAGAUGGUCGAUUUAUGGACUCUUGUUUGUAAUACAAUAUUGAAUAUGCCUGAAAUGUUCUAUUAUGAACCACGUGGUGAUAUUCGCCUUUUCAAUGGAUCAUCUUUACAAUGUGGACUGGCUAAUUUCAUAUGUCAUUCAAUAAAUUAUUCAAUUUGUAAUGAAUUUGAAUAUUUGAUAAUAAUGGAUCAUCAUCGAAGUAUCCUGGAGAGUUUUCUUAAAGUUAUGGAAAUGGGUUGGAUGGUGAUGCUAAAUGGUCCACCUGGAUGUGGCAAACGUACUUUAUCUCAUAUAGCAUCAAUUCUUCUUGGUCAACAACUGGUAACUAUGUGCUUAUCACCGACAUCGGAUACAAUUGAGUUACUUGGUUCAUUAGAACAACGUGAAUCAGGCGGUUUAUUUGAGUGGAUUGAUAGUCCAUUAGUCAAAGGCAUUAUGAAUGGUUAUUGGGUACUAAUUGAAAACGCACAAUUAUGCAGCACAUCCCAAUUUUCGUUUAAUUUAACUGUGGAUGAAUUUGUCGGAGUUGGAGCUAAUAGUUCAACUGGAAUUUCUCGUGCGAUGCGCAAUCGAGGUUUAGAAAUCACUUUCACUGAACCAAUUAUGCAACCACAUAUAGACUUACUACGUUUAUUCACAUCAAUCAAUGUCCCUAAACAGAUUGCUAUAGGUUUAGUUCAAUUCCAAGGAUUAUUUCUUGAAGUCUGUGAAAAUCAAACAUCUUUUCUUGAAGUUUAUUCAAAAUGUUUCAAUGAAAAAGUACAAUUUUUAGAUAAUAACAAUAAUAAUAAUACCACACUUCAAUCUAUAAAUUGUCAUCAUUUGAAAAGAAUUCCAAUCGGUGCAUUAAUCUCAGCUGGUUAUUAUGCUAAACAACUUUUAAUUGAAUCAUCAAGUUGUCCGUUAGUUUCAAUGUUACCGAUGGGUAAUAAAGAACUGGAAUUAAAGAAGAUAGAAACUAAAAAGAGAAAAUUACAAAAAAUGACGAUAAAGAAACAUGAAAAUAUGAACAGACUGAUCGAUAUUGAUGAUGAUAUUACAAAAGAUGAAAUAAAUACAGACGAUAUUCUGAUACAUAUUUUGCAUUAUGCCUAUUGUCAUCGUCAAAUGAAUACAAAGAGUGUUGAGUUUGUGAAAUAUUUAAUUAAUGACUAUGUAAAACAUAUUAUGCAUACGGAUCAAUUCCUUACUGAACUACAUUCAAUGUAUCAUCUUCCUGUCAAUUAUCUACAUCAUAAUGUAAAUGAAAUAAUUCAAAAUCGUCUACCUACAAAUUAUCGUCAAUCAUAUACUAAUUUAAUUCAUAUAACAUUGAAAGAGUAUUACAAAAAACCAUUGAAUAUAGAUAUACAAUUAAUGAUUCAACGUAUUCUACUAGAACAAGCUAAUGUAACUGAUGUACAAUUAGAACAAAAUAAUAUACUUUAUGAUUCAAAUGUACUUCAAUUCAAUGAAUCCGAUAUGACAAUGAUAAAGCUAUCUAAUUGGUCAGAUUGGCCUGAUCUACGUUGGAUACCUGGAUGGAAACAUUUGAUUUGUUCAUUAGAAAAUGAAUCGGAUGUUUUAAUUAAUGAAUGGGAUAGAAAACUUUCUUUAUUAUUGAUCAAUGAAUUAAUCCAAUCAACUCAUGAAUGUAUUCAUCGACAAUUAAAUGAUAAUCAUUCCUAUUCAUUAUUACAAUCUUCUGAUCUUAGUCGAAUUCCUGUACUCAAAAUCAUUAAAUUAUCUAUGGAGAAUAAUUUUCCCACUGUUUGGUUAGAUAAUUAUCCAGGUUUAUCUAACCUUAAUGAACAAUGGUUUACAUUUUUAAAAGAUUUAUACAAUCAUUUCCUUAACUAUAAAUAUGAUUUAUCCAAACUAUACACAAAGUUCAUCAGUAAAGCAUGGAUAUGGUUACGUUUAUUUGGUUCAAGACCUUUAGGUGAUUCAUUUGAUUGGCCUGAACGUUUAUUAUUUCAUAAUCAACAUAUUUUAUUCAAUAAUCUAUUAGAUAAUCAACCGUUACCAAAUUUAACAAUCAUUUCACACUGUUUUCAAUUAAAAUUAAUACCAUUAAAUGUGAUAAAAUGUCAAUUACAAUUACAUUCAUUAUCUGUUGAUUGGUUACAAUUUGGACAAUUGAUGAAUGAAUUUUUAAUAAGAUUUAAAAGUGAAUUACAUUUGACUGGUAGCAACAACAACAAUGAUGAUGAUGAUGAAGAAGAAGAAGAAGAGAAUAACGAAGAGAUGAAUAUCAAUGAUGAUGGUGAUGUUGGGAAUUAUAAUAUUAAUGAUGAUAAUCAAAAUGAUAUAAUGAAAUUCUAUUGUUUAUGGCCAUGGACAAUGAUUUUAUUAUCGAAAUUUAUUGAUAUCAAAUUAUUAAAUAAUACAUUACAACACAAUGAUCAAUGGAAUUUUACAGAAUCUUUACGUAUUUCUAUUCGUUCUAAUCUAUUAUCACUGAAUCGUCCACAAUUAUUAGCUUGUUUAUCAAUGACAACACAAUGUUUAUUUAAAACCACUAAUUGUGAACAAGCACGUGUUGUGAAACAAUUAUUACAGGAAUUGAAUUUAACUACAAUGAACAAUAGUAAUACGAAUUCAUCCAUUUUCUUAACAUUUGCUCUGAAGAAGUUAGAUUGGAGUCUUGCAAAUCAAUUAUUGAAUUUCCAUUUAGUAAAUCAACCUGAUAUAUUAGGUGAAUGGCGUUCCAUAAGUCAUGCACUUAUUCAUAUAACAUGGCCAAUGUUAUGUGAUUAUGGAACUUGUUCUUUCACUGGAAAGCUAACAGUUUAUGGUUGGCGUUAUCGUCAACAAGCUAUACAGAAAGCAAAUCAUUUAUUGUUUUUAUCUCCAAAACAAAAAAGGAUCAAUAUGCCAAAAAAUGAAUAUUCACAAUCUAAUAGUCUGGAAAAAAUUAUACAACAUGCCUUUAAUAUUCUUCAUUGUAUAUAUCAAGCUGUUCAUUCACUACAGAAGUUUGUCAGUUCACAAAAUAAUGAUACAAAUGAGGAUACACCCAUUUCCAUCAUUCGUAUUAAUAAUCUUAUUGAGUUAAUCAAUUGGAUUCGCAAUGUUUUCAAUCCAUCUAUCAGUCUAUUAAAAUCAUAUAUAUCUAAUGAUAAAUCAAACGACUGGUAUCAUAUUAUACGUUUGAUUGAAUUAUUAAUCAAUUAUCUGGAACAACUCUCUUCAUCUCUAUCUAGUCAAAAAAGCAAUAACAACGAUGUUCAUGAUGAUAAUAAUGAUGAUAUCCUGAGUUAUAAGUUUAUUCUAUCUAAUUGUUGGCUCCUUAUCGGCUUUUUAUAUCUACGGUGUAAUUGUCCAUACAGUCCAUUAGAUCCUUAUAUAGUUUUACAAGUUGAAGAGGAAGCAGUCAAACUUGAAAUGAAUUCUAUUAGAAAUGAAUUACAGUUUCGUGAAAACAUGCAAAAACUUGCCACUGGUGCACAUGACAAUUCUCUAUUACCAUCUUUAAUAAACGCUAAUCCUUUGAAUAUUAAUGGACAUGUUGAUUGUGGUCUGUUACAUCCAUGGUUAGGUGUACUUGUUAAUCGAUUGCAUUGUCUUAAACAAAAAGCUGAAACAUUAAAACAACAAUUAGGAUCUAGUUGUGAUAAUAUUUUAGUUACACGUCAAAAUUCAAAUUUUGAAUAUGUAGAAAUUCGUCGACGUAUUACCUCAUUUAUAACUGAUUUCACAGAGGAGUUUCUUCUUGGUCACUAUUGCCCCGAUACAAAUAAUAAUAACAAUAAUAAUAUUAAAAUCAUAGAAAAAACUGUGGAACUGCAAAAAAUUCGUUGUUGGAUCGAAACCACAUCAAUACUUGGAGAUUGGUUAACGGAACCUAAUCGUUUGAAUACAUUUGCUGAUAUUAUUACACCAUUUUUAUAUGGACUAUUUUAUAUCUAUCGUGGCCUACGUGUUAUGUUCCAUGAGAAUAUUGCACAGCAUAACUCCUUAAAUGUUACUGUGUCUUCUAUGAUUGUCAGUUUAGUGACUAGUCUUUUACCUAAUAUACAAAAUGAUAAUGUUAUUCUACCGGUUAUUUCCGGUGGUCAACGAUUAUCUCGAUCAUUAUCACUUGCAUUAGAACUUGCCAAUUCUAAAUCAAGACGAUUAAUUCAACAGUUAGUUAAUUCUAUUAACAAUCCGACUUCAUUCUCUGGUAAUAUGGUUAAUGUUUCGCAUAAAAUCCAAGAAGUCCAGUUUCGAAUAAGUUCAUUCAUAUUGAAUUUAUUAUGGUUAAAUAAUGCUGAAAAAAAUUCAUCUUUAUAUAUUACUGAUAUUGAUAAUAAAUUAAUUGGUCGUAUUUUAAACUCGAUUAUAUUACCAUUAAAUCACCAUUGGAAACAAAUUGAAUUAGAACGUAAACAAUUCGCGGAAUCCCGUGCUAGUCUUUUCUUAGAAGCUGAUCGUCGUAAACAAUUAAUUCGUAAUGAUUUACAAAAUAUUAAAUCUAAAAAAAUUAAACAUCAACAAUAUCAUGUACGUUCUACAUCACCUGAUUUAAUAGAUCAAUCAUUAAAUGAAGAAGUUGAUUGGCGUUUACGAUUCUCUGAAGUUGGUUGUUUAAAUGCUUACACAGAAUUAGGCAUUAGUAAUAAUAAUUCACAAGUUGGGAAUUUUGAAAAAGAGAAAGAAAUUCAACAGACUGUUGCUAAAUUAGAAGCAAUCGAUAAAUGGUUGAAAAGUUCAUUGAAUGGUUCCGGAAAAUAUUGGAUCCCAGAAGAAAACGAAUUAGUUUAUUUUAUAAAACGUCUUGUUUAUUUAUUAUUGUUAAAUUCAAAUUCUACAAUAAAUUAUCCAUUGAAUUCGUCAUUACUAAACAUUGAUAAACAAAAUAACAGUCAAUCAGUAGAUAUCAGUAGUGUAUUUUCUUGGCAUUGGCAUACAGUUCUAUAUGGCUUUAAUUUAGCCAGUUGGUUAUCAAUAGAAUCGAGAUUCAGUUUAGAUCCGAUUAUUGAUGAACAGACUACUUUACCCUAUAUCGGUAUCACUGCUUAUAUGGGUCAAUAUGAUAUAAGAGCCAACCCUAUUUUACCGAUCAACAGUUCGUCCAACUUCUCAACUACGUCUUUCAAUCAUUAUUUUAGUACUAAAUCACAUUGUUACAAUAUUUACAUUGAUCCUAUUCCAUUAGAAGAAGCUGAGAAAUUAAAUGUGUUAAUGAGAAAUUUGGAAAAACAAAUUAAACAUAUACUCACUCAAUGGCCUGGACAACCUAGUUUAUUACGUCUGUUAGCUAUAAUUCAUCGUAUUGAAUCAUUCACUGUAUCGGAUCCAUUAAUAAAGUUUGUUACUGGAAUUGAAAUGCUUUGGCAAGUGAUCCAGGAAUGGGAACGUGAUGCAGCUAAGCAUGUUUCUCUUAAUGAAUCAAGCAAAGAAGUUUGCAAUUUGUUGGUUAGUUGGCGUAAAAUGGAAUUAAGUUAUUGGUUGGCUACAUUAGAUUCAGCUGAAAUUCAAAUCAGUAAUCGUUGUGUAACAUUAUGGUUUCAUCUAUAUGAUUUAUUUCUACGUCCUGGUAGUUAUAGUCGUCAAUUAAAAUCUCUUAAUUCAAAAUAUCAAUCUAAAAUGAGUAGUUCAUCUUGUCUGAAAGAUAACGCUAGUGUGGAUAAUAAUAAUAAUGAUGAUAAGAGACAACGAUUACAAUUGGAAACUGAUCGUUUUGAUGCUUUAAUUGAAUUAUUCGAAAAAGGACCUAUCGGUGAAUUUUCAUCUCGAUGGAAAUUAGUUGCGUCAAUUUAUUCAGCAUUAAAUAUAUGGCCUGGUUUAACUGAAACAGAACGUUCAUCAUCUAAACGUAUUGUUGGUAAUGCAGUUUGGUUUUAUGCACAAUUUCUACCAUGUAUAACUGAGGAAUUAAGUAAUUUACGACAUCCAAUUGAAAAAGAACUGAAGGGUCUUGUGAAUGUUACGAAAUGGGGCCAUUACUCACGUUUCUGGUCAGUUAAAACAACUGUAGAUCGUUGUAAAAAGUCGAUUCAUAAACAUGUUAAAAAUUGGGAGUCGAUACUACAACGACCAGUACGCCCAAUAUUUGAAAAUGCUAUCAAAAUGCCGACUUACCUAAAAUCAAAUAAUGAUAAUAAUGAUCAUACAUGUUCUAGUUCAUCGUUAAAACUGGAAAUGACUGAUUUAUUAGCAAUACUGAAGCAUUGCUCAUUUGAAAAAUCAUAUAGCAAUCUACAACAGUUAUAUAGUAGUUUCAGCGAACAAGAAGAUCAACAACCAAAGCUAAAUUUCACAUUGCAUUUGAAACGUUUACCAUCGAUCAUCAGAUGCCUUCAUAAACAUGUGUACACAAUGGUGCAUAAUUCACCGAUAAUUCAAUGGACAAGACAUCUUCGUUCUGGUUUACAAAUGUGGAUAGAUUUUGUGCAUGAACUGAGUAGACAGACUGAACGAUUAAAUUCCAUAUGUCCUACUAGUAAUCAACUGGCAAAAUUUAAUAAACUCAAAUUGAAUAAACAAAAUGAAGAUGAGGAAGAAGAUGAAGAACUGAAGAAAACUCGUCAAUGGUAUCAAGAAUUUACAGCCUUACAACAACGUAAACGUCUAGCGUUAUCUGAUUGGCUAAAAGUUGCAACUCUUAAACAUUCAUCUACUGUCAAUAAUCAAUCACCUGAUAUUUCUGAUUCAACGCCAAAGUUAGCUGAAUCAAUUGAUUCUGCUGAACUAAUUAGUGAUGAGAAUGACGUCGAAAUCCUUUCUGAUAAUAAUGAUGACGAUCAUUUAUUCGAAGCAUUAAAUAUGCCCAAUCUUGGUUUAUCGUAUCGCAGAGGUCAACGACAAACACAAACUGGUCAUAUGAGUCGUUUUCUUGUUCAACUACAUGGUGAUCCAUGGAGUUAUGCUAAUCAAUUUAUUGGUCGAAAUCUCGAUGCUAUCAAUACUAAUUCAGAGGAUUACUUCAUACAUUGUGUAUGUAAUCGACUAUCACGAUUAAUUGCUUUACGUGCUAGUUUGCCAUGUUUUCCUGGACCAGGUGAUGGAGAUGUUGAUACAAGUGUAGCGAUUUUAAAUGAAAUCGGUGGACCGAAUAAUUUAUCUCGAUUAAUUGGAAUAAUGAAUGAUUUAUUAAACCAAUGUUGUGCAGAUUUCAAAGUUUGUUGUGAAUUCACUGGUAUUAGCAAGAAAAUAAAUCGAUUAGUUAUGGAAUAUGCGAGUAGUUUAAAUGUAUCAAUGAUGGUGUCCAACGAUAAACAACCGGUUGGUGAUGGUAAUGAACGAAUUAUCCAGUAUUGUACAUAUUAUCCUUUGGAUUUGGAUAAGUUGAAACGGAUUCGCGUAUCAACUCAAAAUUUAGAUCAAAUUAUCCGUGAACAUAUUUAUCAAUGGAAUGUAUUUUGGAUCGUUUUUCAAAACAAACAAUCAAUGAACCAUUUAAUUUAUCCAAAUUAUCUUGUCUAUUUGGUUCAGAAGUUGACUGAAAUCACAGAAUCUUAUAUGGAAUCAUUAAAAGUAGCUUUCACUAAUGUAUUAAAAUGUACUACACAAUUGCUUGGAUUGAAUACAUUUUUAUGGAAUAAGGCUGUACAUGAAGCUUAUGAAAAAUUAUCUUCAUCAUUGAGAUAUUUACAAGAAACUUUAAAUUCUUUACUGAAUGCAUAUAAGACUUGUAAUCAUGUUGUAUUGUUCGUUUCUGUGUUUGAGUCUGUACAACAGCAGAUUAAUGUUGAAUGGAAUAAAAUUCAUAGUGAAUUAAGCAUCAUAUCUUAUGAUGGGAUCAAUAAUGGUAAUGAUGUAACAAACCCUCAUAAUACUAUUAUCACUACUGAUAACAAUCUAAGUAAUAUAAAUAGUAGUAUGUAUAAGUCAGAUGUGAAAUUUGAACAAUUAAUUAACCGCUUAGUGCAUUCCAUGCUUAAAGCUAUUGAAAUUCUGCAUGAUUCAGAUCAAAUCAAUGACAAUACUGAUAAUAAAUUUGAUCAGUUAAGUUUAUUGCAUCAUUUUUCUACGAUGAUUUCAAAAUUAUUUACUUCAGUAUUACCUCAAAUUAACAAAUACUUGAUAAAUAUCCGUUCAAUGUUGUUACAACAACAGCAACAACAACCUACAUUGUUAAAGAAUGAAUAUGAAAUGGUUUCUCAAUCCAGAAUAAUCAUAAUUCAAUGUAUAUAUCCAUUGAUGGAUGGUUUAUCGAAAGCAUUAUGUAUACGUUGUGUACAAUUUUGGCAUUUGUUAGAUAUAUGGUUUAAACUUGGUGAAUUUGCAAUGCAAAUAACUGGACGUAUAAUUACUGAAGGAUUUUGUCGUCCAGCCAAUUUGGCUAGAGAUAAUCAAUUAACAGGUGGUGAAUCAGGCGGUACAAGUUUAACAUCGAAUACAAACGAUGCAGUAAAUGCAAAAGAUGUUACUAAUGAAUUAGAAUGUCAAGAGCAGAUUGAAGGUUUAUUGAAUGAUCAUAAACAACAAAGAGACGAUAACGAUUUGAAUAAAAAUAGGAAUGACAAAGAUAACAACACAAAUGGUAUUGAAAUGCCAGAUGAUGAUUUUGACGGACAAUAUGAUGACCCAGAUUUGGAAAAUUGUGAUCUUGACAAUGAUGAUUCAGAACAAUUGGAACAAGAGAAUUUUGAUGAUAAAAUGGAUGAAACAGAUGGGCAUAAUGAUGACGAUUUGGCUAAAGAAAUGUGGGCAUCAGAUGAUGAGGAAACUGAAAAGGAUGAUGAUAAUAAUAAACAGAAACGUGAUUCUGAUGAGAAUAAAGAAAAUGAUAAAACCGGUGGUGUUGAGGAUGAUAAAUCACGUCAUAGCAGUAAUAAAAAAGCAGAACAGGAUUCUGGUAAUAUUCAAGAACAAAAAAGUAAACAGAAUCCUGAAUCUACAGAAGAUGAUGAUGGUGAAAAUGACGAAGAUCCUUGUGACAAACUUGAUGAGUUUGAUAAUAAAUCACCGAAACGCAAGAAACCAAAACAUGCACAUGAUACUCCCGGAAAUCGAACUACUGUGGCAAAUGAAGAUAUAAUGCAAGAUGAAAUGGAUGAUGAAUCUGAUCAACCUACUAAUAAUAAAUCGGAAUUGACUCAAGCAAAAUCAAGUGAUGAUCAUGAAACUUCGGAUGUUGAUGAACAUGAUCAAGGUUUACCUGUAGAUAUUGAUGCUGACCAAAUGAGUAAUAAAGAAGAUAUGACAGAAAGAGAUGUUGAAGAUUUGCCAGGUGAUUUAUUCGAUGAUCAAAUGGACUUAGACGCGGACAAUGAUGGGGGAGAAAUCGAUCCAUCAUCUGGUCAAUUAGACGGAGAGGAAGAUAAUGAAGAGGAAUCUACGCUAAAUGCAAAUGAAAUAAAUGAAAAUAACAAAAUUGAAACUAUGGAUAUUGAUGAACAAAAUACUGACAUUUCCGAAAAUGUUGAAGUAUUUCCUUAUUCUGGAAUUGGUGCAAGUGAUUUGAAUAAUAAUAAUCAAUCUAAUGCUUUCGGAGGAGAUGAGCACAAUUUCCAAGAUGAUGAUAAAACAGAAUUUAAUAAUGUCGACCAUGAUGAUACUGAUGUUGAUUCUUCCAAUCAAACUUCUGCACAACGUGGCAAUCAAGGAAAUGUUUCAGGUGAAAAAUAUACUACAUCCACUAGUCAGAAUCAAACACACUCUGGUCCAAAACCAACAUCAAACAAUCGAAGUUUAUCGAAGAAACAAAAGGCUCUGUCUAAGGCUGAAACCAUAGAAGUAGACUUGGAACAUUGUUCAGAAAAACAACAAUCACCGUUAUCUAAUCAAAACUCGGAACUAUUUCAACACUUACCAAAUUCAGAAGACUUAGAUGCUCAUAAUAAAGAUGAUUAUCCGUGUGUUCGUGAUUCGGCUACAAUAGAUCAAGCUGAACAGCAACUAAUGGGCAACAGUGAUCCAACGAAUAAAUCUAAUGAUAAUGAUGGAGAGAAGGCGGAAGACAUUGGAUUAGAAAAUGAUAAUGACAAUAACAAUAAUGAUGACGGAAAAUUGCCCACAUCUGAAUUAGAGAAAACUGAUGCCUCCACAAAUGUAUUAUCUCAACAAAAUAAACAUUUAAAACCUUUUGUGAAAGGAAAACAAGUACACGGUGAUCAUGAAGCAGUUGAAUCAGAUCCAACAAAAGAAUUUGUUCCAACUUUAGGUGCACAAAGACCACCUGAAUCAAUCAGUUGUACAAGAACUGAAGUUUUACUUCAAUCAACUAAUAUAAAGAUGUCUACAGAGAUUUCAACUGAUCUACAAAUUUUAGAGAAUAAAUUUUUAGAAACAUCUCUUGAAAAUUGUCUUGAUUGGUCAAUUUAUUGUCAACGGUCGAGUAGUUUAGCACGUCAAUUAUGUGAAACACUUCGUUUAGUUCUUGAACCAACUAAAGCUUCACGUUUACGUGGAGAUUAUCGUACAGGCAAACGUAUCAAUAUGCGAAAGAUCAUUCCAUAUUUGGCUAGUCAAUUUCGUAAAGAUAAAAUUUGGCUACGUCGUUCACAGCCUAGUCAACGUGAAUAUCGUAUUUUAAUUGCUGUAGACGAUUCAUCAUCAAUGUCUGAAAAUCUUUGUAAACAAAUGACUUUUGAAUCACUGACAACAGUAAUCACUGCAUUGAAUCUUUUAGAAGUAGGUCGAAUAGGUGUUUGCAGUUUCGGUGAAUCAGUGCGUGUACUUCAUGAUUUGAAAGAUCCAUGGGUAACAGAUGCUGGUCCACGUGUAUUAAGUCAAUUCACUUUUGGACAACCGAAAACAUCACUUGUUCAGCUACUACAGUGUACUACUCACUUGAUGAAUUCAACUGGUUACAUGAAUUCUACCAGUAAUAAUGCUAUUCCUAGUCAAUUAUUACUUAUUCUAUCAGAUGGUGUCUUCUCAGAAGAUCCACAAAGUCCAUCACUACAAGCCGCUGUUCGAUUAGCACGUGAUUCUCAUAUUUUCCCUGUUUGCCUUAUUCUAGAUGAUGUUCGAAAGAAACAUUCGAUAUUUGAUCUUCGGCGAUAUUGUGGCCCCGGUAAACUACAACCUUAUAUGGACGUAUUCCCGUUACCAUAUUAUUUAGUGUUGCGAGAUUUGGCUUGUCUGCCGAAUCUACUUGCUGACGCCUUAAGACAAUGGUUUGAGUUGGAAUCAUCAGUUGGACGCUAA